UGUUCAAUAAAUAACGUCACACAACUAUAAUUACAUGGAUUAACGAAGAGCUCACGGCCAUGGAAGCUCCACGAUCAUGUCACGUAGUUCUCACUUUUUCUGCCAUGAAUAAACUUACAUAGCUCUGAAACCUUCAUCUCCAUCUCCCCUAAAAUUGAUCCAAUUUCUGUCAGACACCAAAAAAUCCAUCAAUGGAUCAUUACAGAGUUUUAGGGUUAACACGAAGUGCGAGCAAGGAAGAAAUCAAGCAAGCGUUUCGGAAAUUGGCAAUGGAAUUUCAUCCCGACAAGCACGCACAUUCCUCGCAUCACUUGAAGGAAAACGCUACGCUCAAAUUCAAAGAAGUUUCCGAAGCUUACGAGAUUCUGAUCGACGAUCGCAAACGCGCUGAUUACAAUAUCCGGUCUAAUAGUUACCGGAAUUCAGCGAAUAAUUAUGGCGGUAAUAGUGACUAUUAUAAUCGUAGUUAUCAGAACGGGUAUAGAAAUAGCUACAAUUAUGGGUAUGGGUAUAGUCGGCCUGCUGAUGCCGGCGGUUCUGCAAGUAUUGUUACCAAAUUCGAGAUGGUUCUGCGGUUCAUGACGACAAGGGCGUUUCUCCUCAAUGCUGCACUUGCCGGUGUAUUGUUAGGUGCAACAUAUGUAGUUGAUGCAGGUGGGGAGGCACUAUGGAAGAUGCGAAAUUCUGGAGUACAAAAACAUAUCCAAUGAAAUCUCACAACUGAGCCAGACAAUAUCACAGAAAGAAAGACAUACUCUUCUUGCGAGUUGGUUUACUUAGCAGCUGUGCUUAUUCCUCUUUAAUAUAUCGCACACAAAGCUUAUGACCUGAUUAUAUCUCAAGAAUACUUCGCCUCAAAUGGCUCCUUGCAAAGAAAUCAUUUCUACUGGCUUUUAAAGGAAUCAUUUCCUGAAAACAACACUCCAGACCAGUGCAAGGUCUUUGAGAUUAAGAUGGAUACCGAAAAAUCUUCACAUUGACAGCCCUUGAGUCAAAGCGUGAGAGAAAGAACGCACUGAUACCUCUCACCAAGUAUCAGAUGAAACUAGGAGAUGGAUUUUCCAAUCCAGUAUAGAAAAUAAGCAGAAUCCUAAGAUAUCAUGUACAUAGUUAAAACAACCAAUAGAUGAAAAAGUAUGUGGAACAUUGUUAGUCUGAGUUGUUGAAUCAAGAUAUAGUACAACUGCUCUAUAGUUGUAUGUAGCAGUCGAUUCCCUUUCUAUUCUGAUGUACACUACGAUCCAAGAAAAAUAACAUUGAGUAAAAUGUUAAGCAUUCAA